AUGGCUGACACUGUUGGAAAGGCCGCCGUUGCCUGGGCUGCUGGCGAGCCCCUCUCCGUUGAGGACGUCGAGGUCGCUCCCCCCAAGGCUCACGAAGUCCGCAUUCAAGUCCACCACACUGGUGUCUGCCACACUGACGCCUACACCCUCUCCGGAAAGGACCCCGAAGGUGCUUUCCCCGUCGUCCUCGGUCAUGAGGGUGCCGGUAUCGUCGAGUCUGUCGGCGAGGGCGUCACCUCCGUGAAGCCCGGCGACUACGUCAUUGCUCUUUACACCCCCGAAUGCCGUGAGUGCAAGUUCUGCAAGUCCGGCAAGACCAACCUGUGCGGCAAGAUCCGUGCCACCCAGGGUAAGGGUGUCAUGCCCGACGGUACUUCCCGCUUCAAGGCCCGCGGCAAGGACCUCCUCCACUUCAUGGGUACCUCCACUUUCUCCCAGUACACCGUUGUCGCCGACAUCUCUGUCGUCGCUGUGACGCCUAAGAUCCCUACCGACCGCUCUUGCUUGCUGGGCUGCGGUAUCACCACCGGUUACGGUGCCGCCGUUGUCACCGCCAAGGUCGAGGAGGGCUCCAACGUCGCCGUCUUCGGUAUCGGCUGUGUCGGUCUCUCCGUCCUCCAGGGUGCCGUCAAGAACAAGGCCGGCAAGAUCAUCGCCAUCGAUGUCAACGAUGGCAAGGAGGCCUGGGCCCGCAAGUUCGGUGCCACCCACUUCGUCAACCCCACCAAGCUCAACGGCAAGACGAUCCAGGAGGAGCUAAUUGAGAUGACCGACGGUGGUUGUGAUUACACUUUCGACUGCACCGGUAACGUCGGUGUCAUGCGUGCUGCCCUGGAGGCAUGCCACAAGGGUUGGGGUGAGAGUAUCGUCAUUGGUGUUGCUGCUGCUGGACAGGAGAUCUCUACCAGACCAUUCCAACUUGUCACCGGUCGUGUAUGGAAGGGUUGUGCCUUCGGUGGUAUCAAGGGUCGUACCCAAUUGCCCGGCCUGGUUGAUGACUACCUGAACGGCCAGCUUAAGGUUGAUGAGUUCAUUACCCACCGCGAGUCUCUUGACGGAAUCAACAAUGCCUUCGAGCAGAUGAAGCAGGGUGACUGUGUCCGCUGCGUCGUGGACUGCCGUCAAUAAAUUAUUCUGAAAAGUGUUUGAUCUGUAUGCUCGCUUGAUGAGAUCAAUGUGAUGAAUUAUGUAUGAUUGAAAGCCAUAGUAAGCCAAGAAUGAUAGAACAAUUGCAACGCAGCAAAGAAAAGAGUCGAGUAACGUAUCGCCCCUGGGUCCGGACGUAUGUUUAUAGAAGGGACCUGUCGGUGGAGGCCCUCAAGGUCCCCAAGCGGGGUUGCUCUGACCUCAUGAGCUGACCUACUACUACUUAGGACCGUGCCAUUUCCGACAGCUAUCCUGGCCGGAUAAUACUACUUGGACAGGGCAAGUGACCGCUUUUUACAAGUCGGCUUCAUAGACUGGACAUAGAAUUCCGAUAGAGUUCAAUUCGGAAGUCAAUUGUCUGUUAUACCAGCCGUUGUCUCAUGCGACAUGGCCCGGACAUUCGAGACUUCAAGCUGGAACUAUCUUUUAGAUAAUGUUGGCGCAUUCUACUAGCAUAUCAGGUGAUUGGCCGUUUUCAGCAUGGAGUCACAGACAAAGACACGGGGCUGGUCUUCGACUGUUGAUGUCGGCUGGUUGAGUGGACGCUGCAGAACGAUCGAAAAACGCACCAGAAAAUCGAUCUAGUGCCCUUCUAGCGAACUGUUUUCCUGCAGAAACU